CUAUUUCAUGCGCGCACAGCCUCAUAGGCCAGGCGACUUUCGCUUGGAUUUGAUCCCCAAACCCCGCAAUAAACUUAUUUCUGCUUAGACAGCCUACAUAAACAAACCUGAAAAAGAGAUUUUCAUUCUCCGGAGUGUCGUAACGGAGGCUUGGGGCAGAUGUGCAGACAUGGCUCAGCCGGACAGCAACCGCGUGGUGACAGAAUGUGACGGCAGGAGAAGCCUCUUUCCUGAAAUCAUUGAGCUGAACGUCGGCGGGCAGGUUUAUGUUACGCGCCAUUCCACUUUGCUCUCGGUACCGAAUUCCCUACUUUGGACCAUGUUCGGCCAGAACAACCCGUCGGUCCUCACCAAAGACAACAAAGGGCGCUUCUUUUUAGACAGGGACGGCUUUCUGUUCCGAUACAUUUUGGAUUAUUUACGUGACCAGAACCUUGUGUUACCUGAAUAUUUCAAAGAGAAGGCAAGUCUGCAGAAAGAGGCCGAGUUUUUCCAACUUCAUGAGCUGGCGCGACGCCUUCGACCGGCGGUGAGCAAGGAGAACUCUGUGGGCGAGGAUGUGUUCCCCAGCGACCCCGAGGAAGCUGCGAGCGGCGGCGGCGGCGGCGGCGGCGGCGGUACCGCCGCGACGACUACGCUCGGCAGCCCCCGGUCACCGUCUCUGGACGCGCGGAAAUCUGGAUAUAUAACCGUUGGAUACAGGGGGUCGUACACAAUAGGGCGAGACAUCCAAACGGACGCCAAGUUUCGGAGGGUGGCGAGGAUUACCGUUUGUGGGAAAACGUCCCUUGCCAAAGAGGUGUUUGGCGACACUCUGAACGAGAGCAGGGAUCCCGACAGACCCCCAGAGAGAUACACGUCUCGGUAUUACCUCAAGUAUAAUUUCCUGGAGCAAGCCUUCGACCGGCUUUCGGAGGUGGGCUUCCAUAUGGUGGCGUGCAACUCCACUGGCACCUGCGCUUACACAAGUAGCGACCCGAGCGAGGACAAAAUCUGGACAAGUUACACCGAGUACGUGUUUUGCAGGGAGUGAGGCAGGGUACUUUUAGUCCACUUUGGUGGACCAAGUCCCUUCAUAGCUGUCGCUUGCCCCAUCUCGACCACUCGUUGGGCUCCCUCGUACCACAGGUCUAGUAAGCUGUAGUCGUGUGAUAUCUGUUCAAAGAUAAGUUCUAUUUAGCAGUAGCUUAAUAAAUAUAGUUAGGCAAAUGAAUUGUUCAGGUCAAACAAUUCGGCAAGUUGUAAUCUUACCGUGACGGACCUGAGUACCAUAACAUUCUGAUUUCGGAACAGACCGCCCAGCCUUGACCGUUAUGUUGUCCAAGCGUAUGGCCAAGACGUGCAGGCGUUGCCAGUUUUCAGUGUUAAUAUUAGUCUUCGUAUUGUGUUCAUUACGUGGUAAAAGAAUUAGCCUUCAUAUUCGACUUAUUGACUAAUUUAGUGUAAGGUAUUUUCCUAUUGCUACUGACUGGCAUUUUAAUCUUUUAAUGUGUACUGUUUUCCAGAGAACAUGAGUCUUCCUUUUAUUGACAGGUCGUGUUUUUCUUCACGAACUUUAAGUUGGAACAGUAGAAAUCAGACGUUGCAGUUUUUAUAAACUAGCAGUAGGCCACCCGAGCUGCAUAUCUGUUUAAGAAACUUUUCCCAGCUUUAGAUUCACUCGGAGAGGCCAUUCUUAAUUAUUCCAUCUUUUUAUUGGCAGUCUUGUGUAAAUGGUGUAACACCCUUUUUUUUUUUUUUUGCACUUGUAUAUUUGAAACAUGGAAACUUGCCUAUGCUGUUUUUGUCUGUGACCCAAAGAAUAAACUAUAAUAAAUCUGAAAUGCGUUCAUGCAUGAACAGUUUUAUCUAUGACUGUUAAAGUGUUGGUGAUGAAUCGCGUUUAGAGGCGAGUAAACAUUGAAUAAAACACAUGCUAGGACAAUUCCAUGUGAUCUUUUCUUUUCUUUUUUCCCCAUGCAAUAAGGGGAGAAUGCAUUGCUUGGAAGUUAUGUGGAAAAAUCAUUAAAAUGUAUUUUUGCAAGGCA